UAAUCAUCAAAAUUCACAUCCACAAACCCAAAAACAUUUAUUAAUUUAUCUAUAUUGGAAAGCAAGUUUUGUACACAUAAAUGAUAAUUUCUGAUAACCCUGUUGUUUGUAUCUCAUUGGCACAAUGGCAACUUUUUUGUGGGCUUGGGAGGAUUUUUUUUAUUAUCAAUAUUUCUGUUCUGGGUUUUCUGUCUAAUUGAACAUUGUUGCAUGCAAGGUGUGGACAUAAGCUGUAUAGGCCAUGCCUGUUAACUGAUUUUCAAUGCAUGCUUCAUACCAAUUGUCAAAAAGGGAGAAGACAAAAGGGCUCUCAGUCUCUCAAAUAUAUUAUAUGUUGAGAUUUUUUAAUGAUUAUUCAAGGGGUUUCUUGGUUUCUAAGAUGUCUGGAGAAGGCAUCUUGACAUCACAUAAAAGGACAUUAGAAAAGGGUUCAUGGGAUCAGCGGCUAUGAGUGCUGCAACAAUUUAAUAUGUUACAGCUGUCUGCUUCUGAUGACCCUUUUGCCAAAACCAUACUCAUAUUACUUGUGCAUAUUUGGGAAGUCUACUUAGUCCUUAUAUAGAAGUGAUGAAUGACCUUGACACUUCAUUCUUGCUGAGCACUGAACAGUGUCAAUUUCAAAGCCUUACACUGCACUUCAAAUAUAUGGUGAAAGGAAUUGCUUCUAUUUAUUGCUUGGUUUUGUUCCCAUUGGUACUGGCUACUUUCCAGUCCAUUCUUCUGCAUAAAAUUUGAUUUCCUGAUAAGGGUAUCACUUCAAAAGAAUGAUUGCAUCUGCUGAAGCAGUUGAAGCUAUGGUAGAGGUUAUUCCUUGGGAAGUAGUUCCUGAGUCAUUGGAGCGAAAGAGAAUUGAUUACUUGGCCGAAAGGAAAAAGCCGCUGCGGGCACGUUAUGCAUAUGGCGUAAUCUUCUUAAUCACAAAUCUUUGGGCUUGGUUUGUUCGUGACUAUGCGCAAAGGGUUUUACCUGAGCUCCAGUAUAUGAAAUCUUGUGGAACUGGCGGAAAUGAUUGUUUUCAUACACUGGGAGUUCUUCGUGUGAGUUUAGGAAGCUUUAUAUUUUUCUUUCUAAUGUUCCUCACUACAUCUAAAACAAGAAAACUAUGUGAAGCUCGCAAUGCAUGGCAUUCUGGAUGGUGGGGAUUGAAGUUUUUCAUAUUACUAAUAUCGAUGGUGGUUCCACUCUUCGUUCCUUCAGAUUCUGUUCAAUUAUAUGGCGAAUUUGCUCGUGUUGGUGCAGGGAUUUUUCUCCUUCUCCAACUUAUAAGUGUGAUCCAGUUUAUUAAUUGGUGGAAUAAGUACUGGAUGCCCGAUGAGCAAAAGAAGCAGAGCUGCUCCCUUGGAUUAUUCAUGUCUACACUGUUUUACAUUGCUUCGAUGAGUGGAAUUGCAUUUAUGUACUCAUCACAUGCGAUGAAAUCCUCAUGUGCUCUCAACAUAUUUUUUAUCACAUGGACUACAAUUCUACUUAUCGUAAUGAUGGUUAUAUCGCUACAUUCGAAGGUAAACAGAGGUCUUUUAUCUUCAGGAAUUAUGGCUUCAUACAUUGUUUUCCUAUGCUGGUCUGCUAUCAGAAGUGAACCUGCCAAUGAGGAAUGCAACAGACAAAAACAAGGGAAUGGAAAUGGUGAUUGGAGUACCAUGCUAGGCUUCCUGAUUGCAAUAUGUUCUAUAGUUAUGGCAACCUUUUCAACUGGGAUAGAUUCACAGUCAUUUCAGUUUCAAAAAGAUGAAGUUCAAGAGGAUGAUGACAUCCCUUACAAGUAUGGAUUUUUCCACCUAACAUUUUCCUUGGGGGCCAUGUAUUUUGCAAUGCUAUUCAUCAGUUGGAACCUCAAUAACUCAGCUAAGAAGUGGAGCAUUGAUGUUGGGUGGACUAGUACAUGGGUAAAAAUUGUCAACGAAUGGUUUGCAGCCUCAAUAUUUCUAUGGACGUUGAUUUCCCCGGUUCUGAGGCAGUCCAAAGUCAUGGAUCAUGAAGAGCCUGUGCAGGAGAUUGAUAACUCAGCUGUGCCAUGAUUGAUUAUGGAAAAUGUUGCAGAUCUUCCUUGCUACCUGUUACAUGGUCAUUAUUCUUUCUGUAUCAAUUAUUCUUCAAACCAGUCACCAAAGGAGCAGAGAAAAAUAAGUCUUUAAUAUUCCAUUGUUGGAAAAUCAAGAAGAAGAUCCCUGCAAUUGAGUAUUCACAUAUUUUGCACCUUGAAACAUCAGAAGAUGAAGAAAAUACCAUGGUUUUAUGAAGAGGAUUAAUCAUGUGAAGUGAACCACAUGAUGACUUAUCUAAUGUGUUUGGCAUAUUGUGAGAAGUCAAAUUGUGAAAUUUUUCGACAUAAUUUGUUAGCAUUUCUCAUAAGGUUAUAUUAUUAAUCAGUUCUGCCACAUUGACUUGCAUGAAAACAAUUGUAUGUCAU